CGGAAGCGGGCUGCGCAAGGGACUGCGGGUUAGCGGGAGGCUCCGGGUGCCUGGGGUGGCACUGCAGAUUCGCGGGACCUGGGAAUGAUCUUCCCUGUCGUCCGCCGCGCGCUCACCUGGCUGCCGCGGCCUGGGAGCCGGGCGCUGACCCUCGCCGACAUGGAGGUGGCCCUGCGAGGCGUGCGGAAGAUCCUCUGCGUGGCCGAGAAGAACGACGCGGCCAAGGGCAUCGCGGACCUGUUGUCCGGAGGCCGCAUGCGGCGGAGAGAAGGACUUUCCAGAUUCAACAAGAUCUAUGAAUUUGAUUAUCGUCUGCGUGGCCAGAACGUCACCAUGAUAAUGACUUCAGUCUCGGGACACUUGCUGGCUCAUGAUUUCCAGAUGCAGUUUCGCAAGUGGCAGAGCUGCAAUCCUCUUGUCCUCUUUGAAGCAGAAAUUGAAAAGUACUGCCCAGAGAAUUUUUUAGACAUCAAGAAAACUCUGGAGCGAGAGGCUCGGCAGUGCCAGGUGCUGGUGAUCUGGACCGACUGCGACAGAGAAGGUGAAAACAUCGGGUUUGAGAUCAUCCACGUGUGCAAGGCUGUGAAGCCCAGCCUGCAGGUGCUGCGAGCCCGUUUCUCCGAGAUCACCGCCCGCGCUGUCCAGGCGGCCUGUGAAAACCUGAUGGAGCCCGACCGCAGAGUGAGCGACGCCGUGGACGUGAGACAGGAGCUGGACCUGCGGAUCGGGGCUGCCUUCACCAGGUUCCAGACCCUGCGGCUGCAGAAGAUCUUCCCUGAGGUGUUGGCGGAGCAGCUGAUCAGUUAUGGCAGCUGCCAGUUCCCCACCCUGGGGUUCGUGGUGGAGAGGUUCAAAGCCAUUCAGGCAUUUGUGCCAGAAACCUUCCACAGAAUCAGAGUGACUCACGACCACAGGGAUGGCGCAGUGGAGUUCAGCUGGAAAAGGCAUCGGCUUUUCAACCACACGGCUUGUCUCGUCCUCUAUCAGCUGUGCAUGGAGGAUCCCAGGGCGACCGUGGUGGAGGUCAGGUCCAAGGCAAAAAGCAAGUGGAGGCCUCAAGCUUUGGACACUGUGGAGCUUGAGAAGCUGGCUUCUCGAAAGUUGAGGAUAAAUGCUAAAGAAACCAUGAGGAUUGCUGAAAAGCUCUACACUCAAGGGUACAUCAGCUAUCCCCGAACUGAAACAAACAUUUUCCCCAAAGACUUAGACCUGACGGCGCUGGUGGAGGAACAGACCCACGAUCCACGCUGGGGGCCCUUUGCCCAGAGCAUUCUAGAGCGGGGCGGCCCCACUCCACGCAACGGGAACAAGUCUGACCAAGCUCACCCUCCCAUCCACCCCACCAAGUACACGGACAGCCUGCAGGGCUCCUCUUCUCCCCACAGGGGGACGAGCAGCGACUGUACGAGCUCAUCGUCCGCCACUUCCUGGCCUGCUGCUCCCAGGAUGCCCAGGGCCAGGAGACCACCGUGGAGAUUGACAUCACACAGGAGCGCUUCGUGGCCCACGGCCUCGUCAUCCUGGCCCGAAACUAUCUGGACGUGUAUCCCUACGAUCGCUGGAGUGAAAAGACCCUCCCUGUCUACAGUCGAGGCUCCUGCUUUCAGCCCAGCACCGUGGAGAUGGUGGACGGGGAGACCAGUCCACCCCAGCUGCUCACUGAGGCCGACCUUAUCGCCCUCAUGGAGAAGCACGGCAUCGGGCUCAUCCAGCAGGAGAAACAAACCCAACCAAAACAUUAGAUGCAUCGGGAGAGGUUCUGCAGGGACCUCAGAACCUCGUGGUACCGACGCGACACACGCGGAGCACAUCGAGACCAUCAAGGCCCGAAUGUACGUCGGGCUCACGCCAGACAAGCGCUUUCUCCCCGGGCACCUGGGCAUGGGGCUUGUGGAAGGCUAUGACUCCAUGGGCUACGAGAUGUCCAAGCCUGACCUGCGGGCCGAGCUGGAGGCUGACCUGAAGCUCAUCUGCGAGGGGAAGAAGGACAAGCUCGUGGUCCUGCAGCAGCAGGUGCAGAAGUACAAGCAGGUCUUCAUCGAAGCCAUGGCCAAAGCCCAGAGGUUGGACGAGGCCUUGUCGCAGUACUUUGGGGCAGGGGUGGAGCUGGCCCAGCAAGAAGCCAUCUUCCCAGCUGUGCCAGAGCCCGUCAGGAAGUGCCCACAGUGCGGCAAGGACAUGGUCCUCAAGACCAGGAAGAGCGGCGGGUUCUACCUCAGCUGCACGGGGUUCCCGGAAUGUCGCUCGGCCGUGUGGUUCCCGGACAGUGUGCUGGAGGCCAGCAGGGACGGGAGCGUGUGUCCAGUGUGUCAGCCACACCCCGUUUACAGGUUGAAGUUCAAGUUUAAGCGAGGCAGCCUUCCCCCAACCAUGCCACUGGAAUUUGUCGGCUGCGUUGGUGGCUGUGACGAGACCCUGAGGGAGAUCUUGGACCUCAGGUUUUCACGGGGGCCCACCCGAGCUGGCCAGCCGGUCAGCCAGCCCUCCGGCCACCUGCAGGCCAGCCAGCCCCUGGACAGAAUGGGCAGCAGCCAGCACGGCCACCCCCAGCCUCCUGCCAUCAGGCCCUCGAAUGCUCUGGCCAGGACUGCACCCCUGCCCGCCGCCGAGGGCGAAGGCAACUCGGUGACCUGCAACUGUGGCCGGGAGGCCCUGCUGCUCACCGUCCGGAAGGAGGGGCCCAACCAGGGCCGCCAGUUCUACAAGUGCAGCGGUGGCGGCUGCAGCUUCUUCCUCUGGGCCGACAGCGGCCACCCAGAAGCAGGGGGGCCUCCCUCCGAGGUGCCCAGACCCCCGGGCGGCUCACUGGGACGCCCGCCGGGCUCAGGGAAGCCCCUGGGCGGGCCCGGAAGCCCCGGCGAUGGUGGCGGCGGCGCACGCUGCCUGUGCAGCCAGCCCGCUGUCACGCGCACUGUGCAGAAGGACGGGCCCAACAAGGGGCGCCAGUUCCACACGUGCGCCAAGCCCCGGGAGCAGCAGUGCGGCUUCUUCCAGUGGGUGGACGAGAACGUGGCCCCAGGGACCUUUGGAGGCCCCCCCUGGGCAGGAGCCAGAGGAGGAAGCCGGGAGCCGGAGGCCAGAAGCAAAAGGGCCCGGGCUGGUUCCUCGGACGCCGGGUCCGCGGCCAAGAAACCCCGGAAGUGCAGCCUUUGCCACCAGCCUGGACACACCCGUCCCUUCUGUCCUCAGAACAGAUGAGGGCAGGGUAGGGCCAAGGGGGCCACUGCCUCCACCUGCUGCUUUUGUCUCGGGAAACAAGCCGUUUCUCCAGGGCCAGGUGGCCCUGCGCUGCCAGGGCGGCUUUGAGGAAAGUGGCUGCUCUUGGAGUGUGACCUGUGUUCUAAGGAGUCCGGGUCCAGACCGCUCUCUCAAGAAGGCCACGCCUGGUGGACAGCGGCCCUGUGUCUGGGGCUCAGGAACGGCCAUGGCCACAGCUGAGACGCCAUGGAGGCUGCCCCCUGCGAUCCACAGGGGCCAUGCUGUCGGCGCCCUAGCGGGAAUCAGCCCAGCCCUUGAGGGGCCUCCCUCCACAGACGUCCUGAGAACGGGUAGGACGGCAGGGAUCCCCUGUUCAGAAGUUGUGUCUACAGAAGGGUUAUCCCUCUUUAUCUCGAAGCUGCUGUGGCCAGGACGCCCCACAGCUCAUGUGCCUCAAUAAAGGAUUCUACCCCUUGACCCUGGUGGGUGAUGGUGUAGCGUCUGGUGAGAGUUGGCAGGAGUGACGGGCACUUGCAGGACCCCGGGCAGUGCCUGGGUCCUCUUGCCAUCCUCUGGCCCCAGUGGCCUCCCCCGGCCGCACCGCUGUCCUCUGGGGCAGAGAAGAGCCGCCGGUGCAAGACUCCGACGCUUCCCGUCUCCACACCCUGCAGAGGUCUCUGUGCGCCUCGCCCGCCUCCCGAGAGCCUUGGGAGCCGAGCAGAAGCAGGUCGGCUUCGCUCCGUGGUUUAGACAGCGAGCUGGAGGACAGGCUGCCAGCGUCACCCUGCUAGUGGAGAAAUGAACUGUCCUCAGGUCUUGGGACUCCCAGCCCCAAACCCUUCACUCAGACCAGUCCUUGUGCCCUGGCUGGGGGGCGGGAUGCCCGCAGUUGCGCCUGGAGCAUCCGGACAGUGGGUGUGGGUCGGCCCCGCAGCCCAGUCUACUUUGUGGUUUUACGUGUGCCGGACAUUUCACAUAGACGGAACCGUGCGGCCCGUGGGCCGUGUGUCUGCUUUUCUCUGAGUGGCGUGUCUUCCAGGGUCGCCCCUGUGGUUGCGUGUCGGUGUUCUGUGCUUUUUUACAGCUGAACUAGUCCGCUGUGUGCAUGGGCCCCGUUGUGAGCAGUGUGGCUGUAAACCUUCACGUACAAGCAUUUGAACGCCUGUUCUAUAUUCUUUUCAGAUCUACACCUAGGAGUGGAGUUGCUGGGUCGUGAAAUUCUGUUUAAUUUUUUGAAGAACAACAGCUGCACCAUUUUACAUUCUCACCAGCAAUGUACGAGGCUUCCUAUUUCUCCGCAUCCUUGCUAGUGCUUAUUUCCCUCUUUUUCUUUUUUUUUUUUAUAAAUUUGUUUAUUUUA